GACAGGCACAAUGAGACACCCUUGUAAUCCCAGCACUUUGGAGGCAGAGGCAGGCAGAUCUGUGAGUUCAAAACCAACCUGGUCUACAAAGUGAGUUCCAGGACAGGCAAGGCUGUUACACAGAGAAACCCUGUCCUGAAAAGCAAAGCAACAAACAAACAAACAAACAAACAAACAAACAAACGCUCAAGAGCAGAAGGGGGAAGAAAGAGAGAAUACAGGAGGGGGUAACAUCUGUCUUUCUCACAAGGUUCUUAUAAAAGCAAUGUAAUGCUAGACAUUGAAGCUGAAAAUUCUUGGAAAUUUAUAAAUGUGAGAAUACAUGAGAAAAUGCUAGAGCAAGAUUUCUACGAUUUUUUUUAUCCUGAAAACAAGAUUCUAUUAUUCUUCAUUUUUUCUUUUUAUUUAUUUUUUUCCAGUUUUUUAAAAAUUGGGUAUUUCUUAUUUACAUUUCAAAUGUUAUUCCCUUUCCCUGUUUCCUGUCCAUCAGCUCCCUAACCUCUCCCCUCCCCUUCUAUAAGGGUGUCCCCCUCCCCAUCCACCCUAUUCUUCAUUCUUAGUACUGAUUUGUGGGCGCCUCUGAAACCACCAAGGCCAGCACCAGAUUUCAUUAGCCUUUUCAGACAGCAUUUACCCCUCUGCAGCUGUGUUGUUGUUCCUAACAUUUAUUUGCCUGUGGACAUGUCGGGGGCAGGGAACAGUUUGUGGAAUUGGUUCUCUUCUUAGAGUUCCAGGAAUAGAAGAAUUCAGUCAUCCUGCUCGGCAGAAACUAACUGCUUUCACUCACUAAGCCACUUCAACAGCCUAGGAACUGUGUUUUCAAAACUCUGCUGUGAAGCAGGGCUGGUGCUCCUUUGGACAGCCUGAUGAAUGACCAGCAGUUGGCUUAGUACCGCCCACAAACUUGAAGGCCAGUACUGAAAAUCGCCACUUCAAAAAUAAAACUUAGGGCUGGAGAGAUGGCUCUUCCAAAGGUCCUGAGUUCAAAUCCCAGCAACUACAUGGUGGCUCUGUAAAUGAGAUCUGAUGCCCUCUUCUGGUGUGUCUGAAGACAGGGACAGUGUACUUAUACCUAAUAAAUAAAUAUUUUUUAAAAACCUUAAUUUUGUUUCUAAAUGAAACAAAUUGUUCUCAAAGCUAUUCACUGUCCCCAGUUAGAUUAGUAGAAAUAUCUAUAUCUAUAUAUCUAUAUAUCUAUAUCUAUAUCUAUAUAUAUGUCUAUGUAUAUAUCUGUAAAUGUAGUGUGGAGGAGGGGAUUCAAGACCAACCUUGGCUAUAUAAAGUAAAUCUCAAAAAUAAAAAUAUUGGGGCAUGUGAGAAGGCUCAGCAGGUAACAGUAACUGCUACCAAACCUGACAGUCGGUUAGAUUCCUGAGAUACCCCCCCCCCCACACACACACACGGUAGAAGGAGACUGUGGUAUGAGGAUGCCCAAGUAUUGUCCUCUAACCUCCAAACUCGCGCGCGCGCGCGCACACACACACACACACACACACACACACACACACACACUUAAAACUGGGUUUUUUUUUUGGGGGGGGUUGGGUUUUUUUUUUUUCUGACACAGGGUUUCUCUGUGUAGCCCUGGCUAUACUGGAAUUCACUUGGGCUAGCCUUGACCACAGAGAUCUGCCUGCCUCUGCUUCCCAAAUGCUGGGAAUAAUGGCGUGUGCCGCCACAGUUCUAGCUUUAAAAACAAACAUAAAUAAAAAUGUAAGUAAGCAGACUGGUAGAGCAACUGAUUCCCUCAAAGGCAUCGUUAACUGGAUGGGGGGACUGUACAGCACACGGAAAAUCUAACAAUAAUCUAAAAUUAACAAAAUCUAAAGGCAGAAAACAGCCAAAACGGUGUGUGAGGACACGGAGGGUCUCUGGGGAGCCAACUGUUGUCGGGCUGGCUUUGUACAGUCAACGACCUGACCUAACUGUAGUGAGGCCUUGGCCUGCAGGGGACAGCGCUGAAGCCUUGCUGUGAGCCUAGCUCCCAGCAGGCCUUGCGCAGCUUUUGGCGGGAAUAGUGGUCUCACCUGCGGUCAAAGGGCGUGACACGUGCCAGCGACAGUUAAGGCGCAUGCGCAUUGAGCACAUGCUGACAGGAGCGCCGCACUUCGAGCCUCUUCCCUGUCGCUGCUGGACGCUUCUCUCAGGCGUUGUGUAAAGUAUGUUUAUUUUCGGCUUGGUUCUCUUGAUUUUUUUCACUCCUUAGUUUCUUUUCUGUAGCCCUUCGCCAUCUCAGGUUUCUUGCAGUCUGAACGGAAGACAUUUGAGAGAUUUUGUGUGCUUACAUCCCAGCCGCGGGUCCUGAGGGGGCGACCCGGGCAGCCGGCGGUCGCCAUAGUGCUAACGGUUUCCAGCUGUGUUUGUUCUCUUAUUUUGUGCGGAUUUCUACUUGAAUUCUCGUGUUAACAGACGAAGUGGAGACCAGGGUGCAAGGAAAUUUUAAUCAGUUUACCAAGAUAGCUGGGAAUUCAGAAUCAGUCAUUAAAAGAAUUUAAGAGGCGGGCGGAUUUUAGGCCACUGUGCUCUACAUAGCAUAAGUAAAUUUUGAGAAUGGUGGCACUGGGGAGAUGGAGGCAAGGGGUCGGAAGUUCAAGGUCAAGCCCGGUGUGCUGGCUCACUCCAUUGUCCCAGUACCAGCAAAGCAGAGACAGAGGCAGGGGCAGGUGGUCUCUGAACUUAAGGCCAGCCUGAUCUUCAUAGAGAGUUCCAGGACAGCCAGAGCUACACAGAGAGACUUGCCUCAAAAGAAAGAAACACAAAGAUGAAGGUCAUUCUCAGCUACACAGGGUUGGGGGCCAGCCUGGAUUACGUGAGAAAAAAAUUUUAAAAAAUUUUCUGCUGACUUCAAAAAUGUUUUCGUUUCGGGAGGGGAGAGUGUAUGAAUUGUGCCAUGUUAUGUGUAGAAAUCAGGGGACAACUUGUGGGAAUCUGUUUUCUCCUUCUACCAUGUUGGUCCCUACCAACUAAGAUCAUCAUCUUGGAGGCAAGUUCCUUUACCAGCUCAGCCAUCUGUGCUCUCCUGGCUUUGCCAGUUUAUAGUUUCAGAGCAGCAAUGCAUACUUAGCCUGAUAAAGGAGUCAUCUGAUUAUUUUUGCUAUUUUUUUUAAAUUAUCAGGUACUCUCUCCUCCUCCCCCCCCCCCAAAAAAAAAUAAAGCCAACAAGGGUUCAGGCAGUCUUGCUUGGACUACAACUUUCAAACCAUUCCAAGGAUAAACUUGAAAUCCUGAUCCUCCUGCCUCAGCCUCCCAAAUGUUAGGUUUACAGGCAUGUACUAUACAUCCUUGGGCAAUACAUUGACACUUUGUUUGUUUUUGUUUUUUGAGACAGGCUUUCUCAGCAUAGCCCUCGCUGUCCUAGAUCUCCCUCUGUAGACCAGGCUGGCUUCUAACUCGUAGAGAUCCACCUGCUUCUGCCUCCCAAGUACCAGGAUUAAAGAAAAUAUUUCUUGGAAGAUGGCCACUAUGCAGUUGCGGAGGACAGCUUCUAUGAGUGCAUUGGUAUUUCCUAAUAAGAUAUCAACCGAGCAGCAGUCUUUGAUGUUUGUGAAGAGGCUCCUGGCUGUUUCAGUAUCCUGCAUUACCUAUUUGAGAGGAAUAUUUCCAGAACGUGCUUAUGGGACAAGAUAUCUGGAUGAUCUCUGUGUCAAAAUUCUGAAAGAAGAUAAAAAUUGUCCAGGUUCUUCACAGCUAGUUAAGUGGAUGCUAGGAUGCUAUGAUGCUCUACAGAAGAAAUAUCUAAGGAUGAUCAUUCUAGCCGUAUAUACCAAUCCAGAAGAUCCUCAGACAAUUUCAGAAUGUUACCAGUUUAAAUUCAAGUACACCAAAAAUGGACCAAUCAUGGACUUUAUAAGCAAAAAUCAAAACAAUAAAUCUAGUACAACAUCUGCUGACACCAAGAAAGCAAGUAUUCUCCUCAUUCGGAAGAUUUAUGUCCUAAUGCAAAAUCUAGGGCCAUUACCUAAUGAUGUUUGUCUGACCAUGAAACUUUUUUACUACGAUGAAGUUACACCCCCAGAUUACCAGCCACCAGGUUUUAAGGAUGGUGAUUGUGAAGGAGUAAUAUUUGAUGGGGACCCUACAUACUUAAAUGUGGGAGAAGUCCCAACACCUUUUCACACCUUCAGAUUAAAAGUGACCACUGAGAAGGAACGAAUGGAAAAUAUUGAUUCAGCCAUACUAACACCAAAAGAUUCAAAAAUACCAUUUCAAAAAAUUCUAAUGGACAAAGAUGAUGUAGAAGAUGAAAAUCAUAAUAAUUUUGAUAUUAAAACUAAAAUGAACGAACAGAAUGAAAACUCUGGAACUUCUGAAAUCAAAGAACCAAAUUUAGAUUGUAAGGAAGAAGAAAUUAUGCAAUUCAAAAAGAACCAAAGUUCUUCAAUUUCUCAGUGUCAGGUUGAACAGUUAAUCAGUAAAACAUCUGAACUUGAUGUGUCUGAAAGCAAAACAAGAAGUGGAAAAAUCUUUCAGUGUAAAAUGGUAAAUGGAAAUCAACAAGGACAAAUUUCUAAAGAAAAUCGGAAGAGAAGUCUUCGUCAAUCUGGGAAAACAGUCCUUCAUAUCUUGGAAUCUUCUAGUCAAGAGUCGGUGCUGAAGAGAAGGAGAGUUAGUGAACCAAAUGAACAUACCUAAAAAUUAUUUUUCUUAUGCAGAUUACAGUUCUCAACAUUUAAACUAACAUGCUGUAUUAUUUGAAGGUGUGCCUUCUGUACUGCUGAAAAUUACUUUGUAGUUCACAGUUAUUAAUCUAAUGAAAGUUUUAGCUAUUAUAUUGUGUCUACCUGUGAUAAAUCCAAGGGAACUUUUGACUAAACAAAAAUACAAAUGUCAUCAAUUCUGCUCAUAUCCACUGAAUACAACCUGCCUUCCAUUUUAAAGAAAACUUUUUAUAAAAUGUGUUAAGUUUUAAGACCCUCUAAAACCAUUGUUUAUUCUGGCAUUGAAAUUUUGUAAGGAUUCACUUUUUACUUAUGUUAAAACUGUACCAUUUAAUUGGUGCUAUUAAAAUAAUGUUUGCUAUUUUGAUAUAGUGUGUUAUUAGCAUGAUGUAUAUGCCAUACUACUUUUAAAUGUGUGUUUAGAGCAAAAAGAUGAUUAGAAAUGGCUAAUAAAAAGAUUGGCAUUUUACUACCA